CCAAGACCGAGACCAAGAGUGAGCAGACGGCCCCCAAAACAUCACUACAGCAUUUUUACUCCUCAUUAUCGCACAUUUACUCUCCCCCCGGCGCCCCUGCCUCCCCCCAGCCUCUCCCCAGCCUCUGACAGCCCCAGGGGGAGAAAAACGAGACGAGGGGAGUGAGAAAAGGAGGAAAAUAAGGGACGAGGCGGUGUUGUGGUUUUGCAAGAGCUGGUGUUGCAAGAGCUUGUGUUGUGUUGCCGUUGAGAUGUUUUCCUCCUCCACGUGUUUCCUCCACCACCAGGUGGUGUUGCCGGUGUCAUGUAUAGUGUCGCAAUAUUCAACGGGGGUACGGGCGGCCUCCUCCUCCUCCCCCCCCUCCUCCAGCCGCCACCGCCACAUCACCACCGCAGCUGCCACCACCUCCGCCGCCACCACCAACACCUCCGGCAACAGUCUCUCAGAGGUGUUGCAGUGCCUGGGUGAGGAGGAGGUGGCACGGAUCGUCACCCCGGCACUCCUUCAGCAUGUGGCCCUCCUUGGCACUGCCCCCGCCCACCACCACAAGCAUGACCCCUUCCGCCGUCACCACAAUUGUCACCACACAUCCGCCACAUCCGCCAUCGCCGCCACAGUGCAGACACACCAGCGUACAUCAACAUCAUGGCGGGAAUCACACAUCUCCGCAAACUCCUUCCUCGAGAACAAACACCGCGGCCCCAUAACCUCCAUCACCGCUGCCGCUGCAUCCGCCCAGGUCCAGGCCAGCCAUCGGGAGCUGCAGCGUCACCUUAGACCACUGAUUAGGGCCACAAGGAGGAUGCUUCUGUCUCCCACAUCAUCAUAUCUCUCCCCUUCCUCCCUCUCGGCGAUCUCUUCCCUCUCGGCCUCGUGUGGUCUCCUGCCCUCAAUCACCUUGGUGCCAGUGCGGGGGUUCAAGACACAGCAGUCGAUAGAGCGGGAAUCUCUCCGGCAGACGAGCUUCACCGACAGGCUCAGGGACGGCCUGCGCGCUCGCCAACGAACCCCACCCUCGCACAAGACACUGCAGGCUGAGGCAGAGAAUAACCCCAAGCUGAAAGGCCUGCUAACCGAGAGUGGCAGCGAGCAGGGGCAGCGCAUGAUCAAGGUGGCGUUCGCUGAGGGGUACCUGGCGGCUGACCCACAACGGCAGCAAUCCCGGGCCAUGCGCUGGAUCAGGAACUUCCAGCAGGUCCUUGCCAUUGUUGUCUUCAUCGCAAUACUCUUCUCGCUGAUGGGUGGAAUGGGCGGCUCCAUGUUCCGGAUGCACGUCGGAAACGGCAACGAAGUCCACCCCGAGGAGAUUACCGUGUCCUUCGAAGACGUCAAGGGGGUCGAGGAGGCCAAACAAGAACUCCAGGAAAUUGUUGAGUUCCUGCGUAACCCAGAUAAAUUCACAUCACUGGGAGCGGAACUGCCGAAAGGGGUCCUGCUUGUUGGCCCCCCCGGCACUGGCAAGACCCUAUUGGCCCGGGCCGUGGCGGGGGAGGCCGGGGUGCCGUUCUUCCACGCUGCCGGGCCGGAGUUUGAUGAGAUUUUGGUCGGCCAGGGAGCAAGGCGAGUCCGGGAUUUGUUCAGGGCCGCCAAGAUGCGAGCACCCUGCGUUAUAUUCAUCGAUGAGAUUGACUCUGUGGGCGCCAAGCGGUCAAACUCUGUCCUGCACCCGUACGCUAACCAGACCAUCAACCAGCUGCUCUCCGAGAUGGACGGCUUCCACAAGAACGAGGGCGUCAUCGUGCUGGGCGCCACCAACCGAAGGGACGACCUGGACAAGGCUCUGCUCAGGCCGGGGCGGUUUGACGUGGAGGUGCAGGUCCCCAUCCCUGACCUGGCCGGGCGGAAGGAGAUCUUCGAGUACUACCUGGGCAAAGUCAAGAUGGGAGAUGACGUAGACAAGAAUGUUCUGUCCAGGGGCACCACGGGCUUCACAGGCGCUGACAUCAAGAACGUGACCAACCAGGCGGCUCUGAGGGCGGCGGCUGAUCAAGUGGAUGCCGUCUCUAUGAAGCACCUCGAAGCCGCCAGGGACAAGGUGCUUAUGGGUCCUGAACGGAAGUCGCGCAUCCCGGACGAGGAGGCUAAUCUUGUGACGGCCUACCACGAGGGCGGCCACACCCUCGUUGCAUAUUACACCCGGGACUCCCACCCGCUCCACAAGGUCACCAUAAUCCCGCGUGGACCUUCCCUCGGCCACACCGCCUACAUCCCCGCCAAGGAGCAAUAUCACAUGACUCGCUCGCAGAUGCUGGCCACAAUGGACUCGCUGAUGGGGGGUCGCGCAGCCGAGGAAAUCAUCUUCGGGUCGGACCUGGUGACCUCUGGGGCUUCGUCUGACCUCAAGCAAGCCACCAACAUCGCCACGCACAUGGUUAAGGAUCUGGGGAUGAGUGACAAGGUUGGUCUCCGGACGUUUGAGGACAAUUCCGGUCAGCUAAUCAGCACUGGGGACUCCCUCGGACAGUCCACCAAGGAGAACAUCGACUUCGAGAUUAAACGUCUGCUGCAGGACUCAUACGACAGGGCCAAGAACAUCCUGAAAUCGCACGCCAGGGAGCACAAGGCAUUGGCCGAGGCGCUCAUGAAGUACGAGACGCUGGACGCGGAUGACAUCAAGGCCAUUCUCGACGGCCGGUCAGUCUCCAAGGACCUAUAGUUUGCGGCGCCUAUCACAGCGGAGACCCCGUGAUAACCUGAGAACGCGACCCACUCAGGCAGUGCUGUCAACUCUGACGGACGAAAAUGCGCAAGAUUGGGUAUCCAAAUCCACUAGAAAUCUGGCAAAUAUAAUGAGCUACUUUGCAAUAUGAGCGUUUCAUGUUUGCAAACAAAUCCUAUCGGCUGGUAGGUAGCCAGGGGUGAAAGUUGUGUCUUCAAAAGCGUACCACUGUGUACCAGCUGUAGACGGCUGUAUAUCUCUCACUGGUACGGUACACCACUGCGUACCAGCUUACUUUCACCCCUGUAUCUUUGCCCAUUUUUUUUGUGAUUCUGCCUCUAUGUGAUGAGUCUAACAGCCACGCUCUGCCACAAUAUAAUCAUUUUUCCCAUACUCUUUACUACUGUCAUUUUCUCAGUCAUUCUGCAUCAAUAGAACCACAUUUUUAGACAUUCUGCUGAAGUGUGAUAAAUUUACAGUCAUUUUCUGCUACUAUAUAAUCAUCUUUAACACAUUCUUCUCACGGUUCAGUCAUGCAGCCACAAUGGAACCACAAUUUUCAGUCACUCAACCACAAUGCAACCACUUCUUCAACCAGUCAAUCCGCCUGCAAAUGUUCGUCCUUUCCGCCAAUUCUCGACACACCCAUCACCUUUUUUUUUUAGCCAUUCAGCUUGAGUCAGGUCAUCGCCAGUCCUUCCAGAUCACACGCCAUCCCCCCCUAGACCCCCCUGCCCCCCUUCCCUUGCCCCACCGCCCACACACUAGACAAAAGACAAAAAGAGGUGAUUGGCGGCAUGAUGUAAAUUUCCGGUAAUGUGACGUGAUGGUUAAAUUCUUUCAAUAAAAUGUAAGACACCAA